AUGCUGUAUGCUCCAGCACUUCAAUCUGUUGCUAUGUCAACAAUUGUGUUGCUACAAAAGGCUGCACAGAUGGGCGCAGUUGCGUUGAAUGCAUCUUUGUUGAGGGGGCUCAGAAUUGUAUCUUCUUCCUCACCUUCUAGUGGUCUACGGGAAUGGAGCAUGCAACAAUUAGCCGGAGGGUGCACCAACUCCAAUGCUAGUGACCUCCUUGGAUCGAGAAUGGCUACUAGUGGCGACCCAUCUGGUGGGAUAUCGACUUUAAUGAUGUCCACUAAUAAUGGCAUUGACAUCUUUGCAGCAAAAGAGGCAUUUGGUGGUGGAGAAUUUGGUGGCAAAGACAUGGAAUAG